AUGGAGAUGAAGUCGUCUAAACGGCCCUUCGAGUUGCUCAUAGAGAAGAGGCUAUGCCUUGAAAUCCUCAGAUCUGAUUACAUCAAAAUGUUUCACAAGAUUAAGGUCCACAAGAAUGCCAUAGACGAGAUUUACAAUCAAGUCAACCAUGUUGAGCCAUGGAUGAUUAACGACAAGAGGGUCCCUGGGCACGAUACCUUCAUUGCCCUCACCAAACCCGUCCGCAUUGUCCCCUCCAAGGCCUUCUGCCUCCUUUACAAGCCCUUCACCAUGAAACUUACCACGAAGCAGAUCAAGGACCUAAUUGACAACACGCACUCGCCUUAUGUCAGAGCUAUUGGAUUUUUAUACCUGCGGUAUGUUGCGGAACCAGAUACCUUAUGGACUUGGUAUGAGCCCUACAUUCGAGAUGACGAGAAGUUUUCGCCUGGACCCAAUGGUCAAAUGACUACUAUGGGCGUUUAUGUGCGUGAUCUCCUCCUGGGUGAGCGCUACUUCGGCAGUCCUCUUCCGCGAAUGCCAACCCGAGUUUUGCAAGAGGUCAUGGCCGAUCUUAAGACGAUGAGGCUCCCAACAAAACUGUCAGGGAUAAUUCAGUAUUCUUCCGUACAAGGAAGUGAAAGUGGUCAUGCAAAAUCUCCACCGAGGAAGCACCGAAGUCAAAGUUGUGAGAGUAGUCAUGAUACUGAGAGGAACCAUUCAGAGCAUGAUCGUCCUAGGCACAAUGUUAGGGAGCAAGGUCGGCAAGCCCAAGUCAAGAAAGACCUUGAAAGGGAUGAUGAGAGACGUAGGGGUUCUGACCGAAAUGGCUGUUCGAGUGGACGCCGCAGGAGCAGAAGCAGGAGCCGUGAAAGGAGGGACUGGGGACUUGACCGUGAAAGGAAGGACCCUGGUCGAAACAGGCGUUCGAGAGGCCGCAGUGGCAGGAGCAGGAGCAGGAGCAGGAGUAGGGGCAGGAGGUGGAGCAGGGGCGAGCACGAGCCUGAGCAGGAGCAGGAGCGUCAGCCCCACUUCAUUUUGCGAAGAUGA